AUGUUUUAUGCGAACAUGAAGCCAUGUUUUCACAUCUCUCCACCAUGUUUCACUACAAUAGUGUAUAAUUAUCUGAUCACUAUCAAUGUGGAGUUGCUGUCACUGCUACUUGGCAUUCCUAUCUCUGGAGCUGAAGUCAUGAAUGAGUCUGAAUUUCAUUCUGUUGAGUUCAAUGAGGGAGAUGCUCUGCGUAUGUAUACUUGUGAUACAGGUUGCUAUUAUCCCUCUGAAUUCCAUUCUGGGAGACUCCCUGAUGAUCUCAAAGUAUUGCACUUUUACAUAACUCGACUCUUCCUACCUCGAUCGUUUGGGCUCAAUACCAUUUAUCCUUCUGACUUAUGGAUCCUCGCUAGUGCCAAGGAGAAUCGGGUUAUAAGCUAUCCUCACUUGAUGUUCGACCAUAUGUUGAACUACCAUACUGAUAAUUAUGAGGCAGAGCUUCCUUUUGCUCCACAGAUCACUCAGAUUCGGUUGGCCUUAGGAAUAGACUUGAGGUUCAAAGUGGCUCGUGUGGACAUGCUGAGUUCUCUUCGUGCUCAGUUCAUUCUGUGCAAGGUCGAUGCUUCUGUUGGCCGUCGACGCCCUCUGGUCAAUGCUCCAGGGGGAGAAACAGCUGCCCAUGCUUUUCCUUCUUAUGAGGAUGGACUCAGUCUUGCUGAGUUGGGUGGGGAUGAAGCAGUGGAAGAACCAGAAAUAGAAGAUUUGGUUGGAGCGGAGGAAGCAAGCAGCAGCAGCAAUAAUAUGAUGAUGGAGGAUGAAGAUGCAAUUUCUGAUUAUGUGCCAUCACCUAAGUUUUCUUUUUAG